AUGUUUAAGAGUUGCGGAGUAGCAUUCCAUGUUCUUGUGUUUGUUUCGGGCGAACCUCCCCCCAUGUCCCCACGAUUUGCUCAACAACUAAAGCAUCGACUCUCCCGAUUUAAAAUUCAAAAUGAUGAGGAUGUUCUAUUGAAAGAUGAGGCACAUGCUCCUGCUGCUGAUCAACAACAACAACGUGUUGGAGGUUGUUUGGUUCCUCAAGUGAGAUGCGAAUAUGGAGAAAAGAAAGUUCAUCUCAUUCAAGGAGACUAUCUUGCCACCAUGGUCAAUGUGCAAGUGGCAAAAAUUGUGUUAGAAGAACAAAUGAAUAUUUGUGCUGAAGUCGUACCGAUACCCAUUUCGAAGGGUUUAGAAUUAAUGGCUCAAAAUGGUCAAAACGGAAUUUAUGCCAUGUUAGAGUAUUGGUACUUGUCACGAAAAUUUGAAUACAUGAGAUACGUGGAGACUGAAAAAUCACUUGUGGAUGCAGGUAAUCUUGGUGUAUUUGGAAAGCAUGGAUGGUUUAUUUUAGCAUUCAUGUUGGAACAGUACCCAGGUAUUGAUAUAUACAGAGAAUUUCGAACAGACACUGCCGCCAAAUAUUUGGCUGAAAACUCUUCCUCAAAUGUUGGAAGAUUUAUUGGACCGUCGGUCACAUGGAUUUCUUAUGAAAAUCAAAUUAUCAGUAACUUGAAAUUGAAACUCGAGGUUCAGUUUGCCCACAGUCAUGAACCAGAAGAGGAAAUUAUUGGAAAGGUAAUGCAUGCCCAUGCACACAAACACAGUGCUCUUUUCUAUUUAUGGUAUCCCCAUUUUUUGUUUCACUUAUUACCAUUGAAGGAUGUUUAUUUACCUGCCUAUAGUGACAAUUGUUGGACCGUUUACAAUCAACAGCAUGGUCUUAUUGAUUGUGAUUAUCCUACUGAGAUUUUGAAAAAAAUUAUUACACCCUACACAGCAAAGAACCGUCAAGAUUUGACCUACUUUUUCAGCAAAUUCUCGUACGAUUCCAAAGACCAAGUGGAAAUGAUGGGCGAUGUUGUUUGGAAUAAUAUGAGUCUUUGGGAUGCCGCUUGCAAAUGGAUUCGAAAUAAUACUGCACUUGUGAAACAAUGGAUUCCCAAGUCAGAACCUCAACAGAAUGCCAUUAUUAUAGGUACCAUUGUUGGAUCGGUGAUAGUUCUAUUAAUCUUGUGUGAUAUUUUCUUUUUCGUGAGUUUACUCUUCUUCUACAUGUAUAGGAAAAAACAGAGAGAAAAGAGGAUGAGAUUUGCCCCACGAACAUUACCAAUCUCGGUGGUCUUUACAGAUAUUCAAAAUUCAACCUUGCUGUGGAACAUGUUUCCUGAGAAGAUGAAAACAGCCUUAGAAAUUCACAACUUGUUAAUGCGAGUGAACAUUGAAAGAUUUAGAGGAUAUGAAUGUAAAACUCAAGGAGAUUCAUUUAUGAUUGCUUUUGACAAUCCAAUAUUGGCUCUUGGUUUUUGUUUGAGUGUUCAACGAGAUUUACUUCAUGCCAAUUGGCCUCUUGAACUCUUGGAUCAUGAAGAUACGAGAGAAGUGAAAUAUGAAGAGCAAUUGGUCUAUCGAGGUCCUCGUGUUCGCAUUGGAGUUCAUUAUGGAUGUGAUUGUGAAAUUCAUAAAGAUCGUACCACUAAACGAAUUGAUUACAUUGGAAAUACAGUGAAUAAGGCUAGCAAAAUUGAGAGUAUUUCUGUUGGAGGAAGAAUUUAUUGCUCUGAAGAAUUCAUUGAAUCACUCAAACAGAGAUUGACCACACAACAUGUGACCUCUAAUAAGGAAGAAGAUUCAGUGAUAAAACUGAUAUCAGAAGAUAAUAUUCAAUUCAAAGCAUUGGGAGUUGAAAAAUUGAGUGGUUUAGAUGGUCUCCAUUCCAUAUAUUGGGUGAUGGACAUGAGAUGUAAACGAACUCUGUACAUUCAACAGUUAGAACUUUCAGAUGUAAAUGUCGAAAAUGGAGAUUUUUUGAAAAUUGGAGAGCUCGAACAGUACAUUUCCAAUCCAGCCUCUCUCGACGAAGAAACGAAAAGUGGCUUAUUAUUCGAUUUGUUCAAUGCCCUCAAUAAUGGGUAUUAUGAUGUCAAUGCCGUGAAGCCAAUUCAAAAUUUAUUCUCGAAACUCGAACAAGUUGCAGGAAUCACUCCAAAUGAGUUAUCUCUGAUUAUUAUUACUCAUGCUCAUUUCGAUCAUGCUGGAUGUGUAUGGUAUUUCAAGAAACAUUAUCCUCAUAUCAAAGUUGCAGUGCCUGCUUUAGAAGCCGACCGAUUCAGGAAUGGUGAUCCUGCUCCUUCUUUUCCCACUGGACUUGCUUCCAAAAUUCUCAAAAUUCGAGGAGAUCGAAAGGUAAUUAAACCCUUCGAGCCAGAUCUUCUUUUUCAUGGAGGUGAGAGUUUAGAGGAAUUCGGAGUUGAUGGCAAGGUAUUGCAAUUAAAAGGACAUACUGAAGGAGGAAUAUCGAUUGUUCUUAACAAUAAGAAAGCAGCCAUCAUUAACGAUCUCAUGGGAGGUGGGUUUUUAAAGUACGGAAAACCAGCCUAUCACUUCUUCUUGUACGAUUGGGUUGAAAUUCUGAGGAAUAUCAAGAGGUUGUAUGAAGAGGGAUUCGAGGCUUUUCUUGUUACUCAUGGUUAUGCCUUCACAAGAGAACCUUUGAAAGAGUGGCUUGAGAAGGAACUUGCUAAACAUCACUUGGAUCAUUGUUUGAAUCAUUAA